AGCAGAAUGUGUGUGAAUGUUAUUCUUGAGUGUGUCAAUUAUGUGUUUUAGGUUAUAACUUAUUGUUACGAAUUGAAUAUACUAAUUCUGUUUUUAUUAUUAUCUUUUUAAAAUAUAAAUAUACGUUACAAUGAAACGCAAAGUUAAAGAUUUAGAUGACGAAGAAAGCAGGUUGUCAUCGUUGUUGUUUAAUAAAUCCAAAAAAUUCGUUGACAAUCUCUCAACGUCUGUGAAAACUGAAAACGAUUUGGAUUUGAAACCCGCAUGGAUUGACGACGAUGAUGACCAGUUCGGUGUUGAUAUUAUUCCUGGGACAAAGAGCAAAGCUCUUUAUGUUCAGAAACUUAAAACAAAAUAUGAAACGUUGAUAGGGACUCCAAGUUGGGCUAAAGUAUCAAAUGCAUCUAGCGACAAGAAAAAGUCAGAAGAAAUACUUCGCACUGUAGGCCAUUUGCAGAAACAAAAAUCAAAAGGCCUUCGAAAAGAUAAUCUAGAAUUCAAAACAUUUCCGAAAGUUAAUUCAGAGACUGGUAACGAAGGUCCACGAAUUUCUACUGUUGUUUUUCAUCCUAAGAUCAGUGUUGUACUCGUAGCUGGGCAAUCUGGUAUUGUUUCACUCUUCUCUAUUGGCGGUGAUGUCAAUAACAAACUACAUAGCUUUAAUUUAAAUAAAUGGAAGGUUACGACAGCUCAGUUUACACCCGAUGGCUCAGAGGCAUUUAUUGCAUCAAAAUUGCAACACAACUACUGUGUUUACAAUCUUGUUAAAGCUGAACCUAAAUUAGUUCAGUUACCAAAAGCAAUAAAGAAACCCAAAUUAUUUAAGUUAUCUCCGGAUGGCAAAUAUAUAGCUGUUAGUGAUGGCUUGGACGAAGUAUUUAUAAUUUGUGCAAAGUCUAAAGAACUGUUGAGAUCAUUGAAACACAAUAUGAAUGUUGAAUCAUUGAUAUUUAGCCAUCAUUCUGAAUUACUGUAUUGUUAUGGUGUUCAAGGAGAAGUUACAGUGUGGGAUCUAUCAACAUAUAGGUCAGUUCAGAAGUUUUAUGACAAUGGCUGUGUUACAGCAUCCUGUAUAACAAUGAGCGACUGUGGGCAGCUUUUAGCCACCGGAAGCGGUGAAGGAAUUGUUAAUAUAUAUGAAACAAAUAAUUUAACUACAAGAGAACCAUUGCCGCUUAAAACAAUUUCAAAUCUUACAACUAAAAUAACAAAUCUUAGUUUUAAUCCUACGUCGGAGAUCUUAUCAAUGUCAUCAAGCUACCUACCGAAUGCAGUUAAGCUUGUACACAUACCUUCAUAUCAUGUAUUCCAAAAUUUCCCAAAUCAAAAUUUGCAACAUGUCGAGGCAGUAAACUUUUCACCUCACAGUGGUUAUAUGGCUCUCGGUAAUAAUAAGAGUUGUGCCUAUUUGUACAGAUUGAAAUUUUACAAGAAUUAUUAGAAUAUAAUUUCUGAUAUUGUAAACAGCAUAAGUAUGGUUAAUGUAAUCACCAUAGAUCAUUGAGUCUCGGGUAUUCAUAACUAAUCUCUUUGUACCAAGUUAAAAUGGAAGUCAUCAGGGUAACCUGUUAAUAAAAUGUAAGGAUAAAUAAUUGAAUAUUGCAAUUAACAAGUGUUUUAACUUAAUGUGUAGUUGCAGAGCAGAGUCAUAAUGAUCAAUGGUGAUUAUGAAUCUAAUUUUAUGUCUGAUGUACAUUCUGCAAACAAUCAUUAUUCCAUAUUGUUGCUUUGGUUAAUUUUUUUUUGUGUCGAUAUACCAUUAAAAUAUAUUUUAAAAAACUAGAUAACUCAUUCUAAGAUAUGAUUGAUGUACUAAGGUAAUAAACAAAUGAAAGCCCAAAAUGAUUUUUAUUGAACCGGCAUUGUUGCUGUUAAAAUAACAUGGGCCCAAUAUGUAAUGUUCCAAUAGUGUUUAAGGUGUUGACCUAAAACUUUUAACAGACCACUUUUGUAUUGCAUAUUGUUGGUAUUAAAUGUAGCAGAAUAACAUUCAAAAUUGUUUUAUCUCAAAAUUAAUAAUAAUAAUAAUAAUCAUUUAAAGUAUCAGACGCAACCUUUUCCUUUGCCGUUAGGCACAAAAAUUGGCGCCUAUAUAAAGCUUUUAUUAACAUUAAAAACAAAAUGGCUUAUUUAUAAAGAAAUACUAUUAUAAUAUUCUGUUUUUAAUUAUACAUUUUUGGAAGAUAAUUGUUCCCCUAGUGUAACUAUAGUGCUAGGUGUAGUAUAUGUAUCUAAAACAUUUCGCCCUUUAUAGGCAUAAAUAUAAUUUUAUACCUUAUAAUAAUAAUUAUUACAGCAUUAUCACAUAUCGAAAGUAACACAAUU